GCAUACCGUCGUUUCCAAUACUUUGGCGGACUGGCCGCUGUCAACAACGUGGAUUUCGCCGUCUAUCGCGGCGAAAUCGUCGGCCUGAUCGGUCCCAACGGCAGCGGCAAGACAACCCUCUUCGACUGCCUGAGCCGCUUGCAGAAAAUCGACAGCGGCAAGGUAGUUUUCAAGGGCCGGGACGUGACGCGGGCGCGCCCGUAUCAGGUCGCCAGAAUGGGGCUGACGCGCACAUUCCAAUCGGUGCGCGUCUAUCGCAAAAUGACCGUUCUCAGAAACAUGCUGAUCAGUCACCAGUGGCGGGAUACAUCGCCAUGCCAGCACGCCCGCCGCGCCCAUCAACUGCUCGACUUCCUCCAGAUCGGGCAUCUGGCCGACGAGGAGGCAGGCCACCUGUCGGGCGGGCAGCGCCGCCUGCUGGAGAUCGGCAUGGCCCUGAUGCCCGACCCCGAUAUCCUGCUAUUGGACGAGGCCACCUCCGGUGUGAAUCCAACCCUCAUCGAAACGAUCAAAGAUCGCAUCCGCACCCUCAACGCGCAGGGGAAGACCUUCCUCCUGAUCGAGCAUAACAUCAACUUCAUCGCCGAUCUCUGCAGCCGGGUCUACGUACUCAACUACGGCGAAAAACUGGCCGAAGGCACUCCCCAGGAAAUCCUGCAAAACGAAGCGUGA